AUGCGCUGUUUGCCUGCUUGCCUCCAAACGCAGGCUGGUGGACAGCAGCGUGAGCUCCUCCUCCGUCACGUGCGUGCAGCGGCCAUCUUGAGUUGUUUGUUCAGCGAGGAGCGCUUGUUGGAGUGUGGAAUCCGGAGGAGGAUGGCGGCGACAUCAGCAGGACGUGAUCGAGGAAAUAGUAAUCGAAUGAAAGCGGGAAAUUCAAAAAACAUUGGAAAUACUGUUUUGGGAGCGGUUGAGCACGACUGCUUCGUGAAUGGAUCAGACGUAGAUGAGACUGAACUGCUGACGGUUCCAGAUGGCUGGGAGGAGCCCAAGUUCACUCCAGAAGACAAUCCCAAAGGUCUGCUGGAGGAGAGCAGUUUCGCCACACUUUUCCCAAAGUACAGAGAGGCGUAUCUGAAGGAGUGCUGGCCGCUGGUGCAGAAAGCUCUUGGAGGGGUUUUCAUCAAUGCCACACUGGACCUGAUUGAAGGCAGUAUGACAGUGAAAACAACUAAGAAAACAUUUGAUCCCUAUUCCAUCCUCAGAGCCAGGGAUCUCAUCAAGUUACUGGCUAGAAGUGUGCCGUUUGAACAGAUUGAUAAGGAGCUGGCGACCGGCGAGUUCUUCCUGCGCGAGAGCGAGAAGAGACGCCAGAAGAUGAAUCAAAUUAAGGCCAAACAGGCUGAAGCUUUAUCCAAGAGACAAGAGCAGCGGCAGAAAGCUUUCAUUCCUCCGAAAGAGAAGCCAGCUGUGAAGAAGAGCAAACCAGCAACUGCCGAAAAUAAAAUAGACAUUCAAGCCAUUAAAGAAAAAGUGAAGAAAGCGAAAAGUAAAAAGCUGGGAGCUCCUCCUGUGAACCCCGAGAUGCCUUCAGCGAAAGAUGGCAAGCGGAAGAAAGUGAAGAGCUGAAGAUCUGACUGUGAUCCUGGAGAAACACACUCAGAUCUUCACUGGAGCAGCAGCUUGUGUAAUAUUGUGUUUAUUAGUCAAUGUGUUUAUAUAAAAGAUGCUUGCUUUCAGAUUUUAAAAAAUCUGAAUCAUUUAUUAGACUUUAGUUUGAAGGAGACGAGGAAUAAGAGACGUCAGGUGUUUUUGAUAAAGAUGUACUUUGUGACAUGUUUUUAUUGUAUUUUUUAUUUAUAUGACAAUAAUGCUAAUGAAAUGCACCAUACAGUCAUUUAAACUUGUACUUAUUUACAAAAAAAAAAAAAAAAAACACAAAACA